ACAUUUAUUGUUAGUUUUCUCAAAUUCUCCUCAGAGAGCCUAAAUUACACAUAAAAAAAACAAAUAUAUGCAUAUACCCCCACUGAUACUAGGAUAAUUAUCUCUUAGUGGGUUGUAGAGAAACCACAAGCAAUGUAUCGAGUAACAAGAUCCUGACAUAAUUCUGGCAGGAUUUUUGACCACUCUUUUUUAUCAGAAAUGGUGGAGGUCAUUUUAAUGGUUGCUUUUCAGUCACAGACCUCACCUUUAGGUAAAUUCAACAAAUUUAUUUUUUCACACCUACUUUGUGCAAUGCGUCAGUACUGAAAGUGAAGAAAACCUUCAGCAUGACGCUCCCAUCACCAUGUAUGGGGGUACAAAGUUCUUGGUUUUUUUUUUUUUAUCACCUUAAAUUCUCCAAAUAUUUUCUUGUUAUUUCAGUCAAAUGGUUUGUCUCAUCCGACCUUAAAAUUUCACUCAUGCUUGGAGAUGUAGAUUUUUGAGCAGCGCUUCCUUCUCACUCAGCACUCUUUCAUUCCAUGUUAAUGUAGCAUCACUGUGGAAAGUACCACUGGUGUGUGUACACCAUAGCAGCUUUCAGUUUAUUAUUUAGAGGAAUUAUACCAACUCUUUCAAGUAGAGUUGUCAAACAUCCAGACAGAAACAUACCAGUAUCUUGUUGAUGGCUACAAAAGUGUGUUUGAGGUGCAACUUGUUCCGAGACAUUCAACUAAAUAUUAAUCGAGUGGGUUGUAUAUGUUUGAGCUUGUAUACAUAUCUCUGACUCUGUAGAAUACAGAAAAUCCACAACCAAUUCAAGCUUGUGGAUCCAAUUCUUGUUUUUGUUUUGUUUUUUUGUUGUUUGAAAUGAAUGUUGUUUUAUGUCUCAUAAUCACUCCACAGAUGAAAAACAAGAAAUAAAUUACAAAAAAUUAAUUAAAGCCCAAAAUAAUACAACAAGCUGAGUAAUGACCUUCAUCCUACGUUAAACUUGGUUUUAAACAUACUUGUAAUGAUCCAGUUAGCCACAACCAGGCCACAUUCGACAUAUCUGCAUCUGUCUUUGCUCAUAUUUAAAUGUAAGGCAUUAUCAGGCAUUAUCCAUGACACAGAUAUUGACUUCCUAAUCUAAAGAAAAGAUGUUGACUUUGGAGCUGAAAUAACAACCCCCAUUUUGAAGAUUCAAAUAGAGUGGUUUUUGUGUUUUCUGUUUUGAAAUACAUUAAAACAAGAGAAUAAGAAUAUUUCCUAAGUAACAUUACAGUUGUACUUACAUUAAAUAAUAGGUCUACUUUUGUCGAGCCCUAAACCUGUCACACAUUAUUACCUAAACUCUCUCAGCAGAUUCCAAAAACAUCUUUCUGUAGCCAAAGCCAUUUUAAUGCCAGCUGAAAUCUGACUGAGAGGUCAUGUGGAUCAGUUGUUGCUUGUCUUGACAGUUGUGACAUAUCUGUGUUCAUAGCGUAGAACAAAAUCAGUUCAGGGUCUGUUGCUCGCACAAACACACCUGGGAGUUGAAACAGAGCAAACAGCUUCUUGCCAUUUGCUGCUGUGUGAGCUGCGGGUUAGAGGUGAUGUUACCUACUCCCUCAUAAGGGUACCUUGGGCACAGGGAGACAAAAGUGAGUUGUCUCAUAUUUCCUCUCUCCCCUGUCCCGACUUUUUGCGAGGCUCUCUGAUGAGACAAUAGCACCCCAAGGUCACGGAGUGGGGGAUAAUCAGCUCCCAUUUCCUGCUGCUGCACUGACUCAGAUGAUAUUACUUUAUCACUGUCAGCAGCAGCUCUAAGGCUGGGCAUCUCUGUCAGUCCUGGCUGAACCUUUGGACACCUGCGUCAGAGCUCAACUCGCGACAGCCCACGGAAUCAGUGGGCCCACUCACCACCGUUUCACGUCUGAGAGGCUGCUGUGCACAGGCGCACAAGGAGGAGGGGGGUUAAGGGUCCUCUAUUUGUCGGGAGCAUCAGUGACAAACUGCUCGGUUAAACCCUCUUGCAGACGUCCACUACAGGUCCAUGUGGGUUCUGAUCGCUGUGACAAAUCAACGCUUGUAAAUCAGCCCUCGGGUUCAGGGUUUGCCCCUCCUGUCCAGCACCAAUCUGAGCAGGGAAGAAGGAGGGGGCGGGAAGGUUAGUUUGAAGAGGGCAGAGCCUUGCGAAAGCACGCCAAAUUAUCCCUUCUUUCACCGCUGGAAAAAAAAGAUCCAUACCCAGUGGAUGACAGCAGUUGAGGGUGAAAUCAGACGGACUAAACGUCAGAACCUCAUUAACUCACAGGAGCGAGAAGAAACGGCAGGGACGCAAUCCUCAGUGCUGCGGGAGCCUAUUUUCUGAACUAAUAUGGCUGCUCUGCAGAGGGAACCUAAAUCACCAGACUUUGGCUUGUGGGUCUUCCUCCUUUUCCUCAGCCUUCUUCCUGACGUCAGGGCAGUCGUUGGACACAAAGAACCGCUGCCUGAUGACAGCAAAGACAAUAUUACUAUUUUCACCAGAAUCCUGGACAGGCUGUUGGAUGGAUAUGACAACAGGCUACGUCCCGGGCUCGGAGAGAGUGUGACAGAAGUGAGGACAAACAUCUAUGUGACGAGUUUUGGGCCAGUAUCGGACACAGACAUGGAGUACACUAUUGAUGUCUUCUUCCGUCAAAGCUGGAGGGAUGAGAGGCUUAAGUUUGAUGGUCCAAUGCAAGUUUUACCGCUUAACAACCUGCUGGCCAGUAAGAUCUGGACUCCCGAUACCUUCUUUCACAACGGGAAGAAAUCUGUGGCCCACAACAUGACAACUCCUAACAAAUUGCUACGACUAGUUGACAACGGCACACUUCUCUAUACAAUGAGGUUGACUAUCCAUGCAGAGUGCCCAAUGCACCUGGAGGAUUUCCCGAUGGAUGCACACGCCUGUCCUUUGAAGUUCGGAAGUUAUGCUUACACCAACAAUGAGGUGAUCUACCUGUGGACCCAAGGAGACGAGAGGUCUGUCUCUGUGGCAGAGGACGGCUCCAGGCUUAACCAGUAUGACCUACUGGGUCAUGUCAUUGGCAAAGAAACCAUCAGUUCCAGCACAGGAGAAUAUGUGGUGAUGACGACCUAUUUCCAUUUGAAACGGAAAAUUGGCUAUUUUGUGAUUCAAACCUACCUUCCGUGCAUCAUGACAGUCAUACUGUCUCAGGUCUCCUUCUGGCUGAACAGGGAAUCCGUUCCUGCGCGCACUGUGUUUGGGGUCACCACUGUCCUAACCAUGACCACUCUGAGCAUCAGUGCUAGAAACUCCCUCCCUAAGGUGGCCUAUGCCACUGCCAUGGACUGGUUCAUGGCUGUGUGCUAUGCCUUUGUCUUCUCGGCCUUGAUAGAGUUUGCUACAGUCAACUACUUCACCAAACGCAGCUGGGCGUGGGAUGGAAAAAGAGAGGGUAUGGAAAUAAGGGAACCGUUUCAGGCUAACAUGGCCAGGAUUAAAGAUAUGAGAAGAGAAUCUGCCACUUUGUCUAAAAAGGCAAACAACACCUUCAACAUUGUUGGGACCACCUAUGGCAUCAACGUAGCCAAAGACCAAGGUUUAACGACCAUUUCCAAGAGCGCCCCAGGACCUUCGGUCAAACACUCCUUUCUGCACAGAAUGGAUGACCCCUACACGGAGGCCAAGAAGUCCUACAACCGCGUCAGCAAAGUGGACAAGAUCUCGCGCAUCAUUUUCCCCGUGCUGUUCUUCAUUUUCAACUUGGGCUACUGGGCUACGUAUGUCAACAGAAAGCCCGCCAUCAUGAAGGCGAACAACCUAAACUGAAUUCAACCAAAUGUUGGCUUUGGAAGAUAUAUAGGUUUGCAAGAAGCCAAGUCCAUCACAUCUUAAUGCGUGUAUUUGUGUGCGCGCAUGUUUUGUGUGUCUGUUUUUUCUUAAACGUUUGAUAUUUUUGCACGGCUGUAUUGUUGGGAGGCAAAUCAAGUUUCCAUUACACUCACAUACAGGGGUGGACCUCGGAGGAAGCACAUUCUCUCAUCAGUCUGUGUUUGUGCAGCUUUUCUUUUCUCCACUUCACCCUUACUGUAGCUCUGGCCCUGUUCCUUGUUGUGGUUAAUCCUUUGCUGUAUCUUGGUUGCUUGCUGUUUUGUACAGUAGUUAAAUCGUGUGUCCAAUGUUUUGACAUGUCUGGGUUUUUGCUUAUAAUAUGUUAGCACACGCAUGCAUCUUCUGUUUUCAUCGUAACUCAUUACCAGUUAUAAGAUGAUGACACAUUGUAUGCACACACAUACACACACAGAUAUUGCAGAAAACACAAGGAAAGCCAUUCGCUGGUCGCUUUAUUGUGCUCUGUUAGUUGGGGCGGCCUGUAUAGUUUUAUAGGAGCAUCAUUAAUAAUUGUCAGAGUCUGGCCUUCAGCUCCUGCUGAAUCUCAACACACACAAUGCAGCCUCAAAGGGCUGCCUGUACAUUUUCUAGUCCACUGGUUCUUAUUGUUUUAACUGGCUGAUUAUGUUUAAUGACAGAUAAUAUAUGUGCCUUGGUGAAUACACUCAUCAUAAAGAAAAAGAGCUGGACAUGUACACAUUUGCAUUUCCAACACUAAUACGCACAACCACAGUGCGUUGCAAAAGUAUUCAGCCCCUGUUAAACCUUUCCAUAUUUACUCUUGCAACAACCACAAACUUCAAUGCAUUUUGUAGGGAUUUUAUGUAAAAUAUCAACACGAAGUAGUGCAUGACUGUCAAGUGGAAGGAAAAUUAUAUAUAGUUUUGGUUUUUUUUUAGAUAAAAUUCAAGAAAGUGUGGCAUACAUUUGUAUUCAGCCCCUCUGAGUCAACACUUUGUCGAGCCGUCUUUUACUGCAGAUACAGCUGCACCUCUCUUGGUUUAUGUUAUUGUUUUACUUAACAAAAUAACUCAAACUCGAGUCAGAUCAGCUGGAGAGCAUCAAUGAACCAAAUUUUUCAUGUUUUGCCAGAUUCUGAGUUAGAUUUAGGUCUGGACUUUGACUUUACCAUUCAGACACAUUGAUAUGCUGUGGUCUAAAUCCAGAAUGUCUAGCUCUAGCCCUGAAGAGAUGUCCAGCAUGUAAGUGAAGGGUCAUUCCUAAACUGGAAGGUGAAUCUCGACCCCAGUCUCAAAUCUUUUGCAGCUUCUAAGAAUCCAUCUAUCUAUCAAGCCUUAUCAGCUUCCCUGUACCAGCUGAAGAAAAUAAUUCCCACACCAUGAUGGGCCACCAACAUGUUUCAAGGGGAUUUUUUUAUGUGGAGUUAGUUUUCCAGCACACAGUGUUUUGUGUGUUGACCAAUAGGUUCAGUUUUGGUAAAAGCUGCUCAGAGCACCUUCUUGUACAUGUUUGCUUGUGGCAAACUACAAAUAGGAUAUGUUAGGGCCUAUUUAUACAUAAUGUUAAAUAUGCAGACACAUACAGACAGAGCCUUCUGUCUGUCUGUUGAGUUUAUUUUAUCUGUAUUUUAUGUGUAUUUUGGUGUCAUUAUGGAGCUUACCGAUGCACAUUAUAAUGAAGCAGUGGUAAUCAUAUGGGUAGUGUGGCGCUGUAAAGCUCACAUGCAUUCAGCAAAAGUAACAAUGAAGAAGAUGAGGACGAAUCAUGGAAGUUCUGUGAUGUAUUUAAUGGCCACACAGACCCCUCCCUCUAGUGCAUUGCCUCUUUUUAUGUCUUUGAGAAUCUAUGUUAUCAAGAUUUUAUUUCAUUGUCGUCAUAGACACUACUGUCUAAAACAUUCUUCUGAAUUCAGUAGCUAACUCAGAGCUGCCUCUAGUGGCUACAUUACCUCGCAACCGAGCCACCUUCAUCAACAUAUUGAAAGCAUGAGGUCAGUGAUUCUUGACAGUGUUGAAAAAAGGGAGAACCUAUUUACAUGUGGCAAGGGAUAAUAUAUGUGCCUUUACAGUGUUUUUUUAAUAACUGCCAUUUGUUGAUAAAGGUCCGGAUUGGUGGACUGCACAACUAGCAAUGGUCCUGUCCACACAUUCCCCCAACUGAGUAGUGGAUUUCUCCUGCUCCUCCAGAGUUACCAUUGACUUCUUGGUUGCUUCUCUGAUUGAGCCUUCCCUUUUACUGAUGUUCAGAAACAAACCUCAGCGGACUUUGUAACUUAGUUUAUACUGAAGUUUAAAUUACACACAGGUUGAUAUCAUUAAUUGGGUGACUUCUAAAGGCAAUUGGUUGCCCUGCAUUUUACGGAUAAAGAGGGCUAAAUUCAAUUGUACACCACACUUUUUAGAUUUUUAUUAGUAAAAGGUUUUGAAAACCAUGCAUCAUUUUCCUUUCACUUUACAAUAAUGCACUGUUUUGGGUUGGUCUAUCACAAAAAAACACAUUGAAGUUAGUGAUUGUAAUGUGGCAAAAUGAGAAAAAGGUUUUAAGGGGUAUUAACGCUUUUGCAAUGUACUGUAUCUGUAAAGACAUUUAAUGGUCUCUGUAGGUUCUAUCUACUUUUGUAUGGCUAUUCCCACCCUAAACCAGCCCAUAUACAUAAAUACCCAGACUAAAACUGCCUCUUAGUAUGAAGGGUUAACAGACCUAUUCCUGUGAGAAGAUGUUGCAAACAGAUUAAAGGUCCCAAUGUAGUUGAAUAACUAUCAUGUAAAUUUAUGCAAGCUAACCAAUAAACUACCACCAUUACCUGUUGAUUUUAUGGUGUAUUGAUUUUGAGUUUUUCCUUUAGACUACAAAUGUAAUGUGUCAUACAGUGAUUUUCAAUAAUCUUCAGAGACCAUUUGAGUCCAAUAAUCUACAUUGUGGAAAUUACUGUACCACCUAAUAACCCCAAAUAAAAAAGCCCAUUUUCUUGAGAAAAUGCAUUAAAUUGACAGAGAAGACAAAUUAUUGUUUAAGGUCAUUAUUUUAUGAUAAAUGUUGAUCAGAGUCGCAUCAGAUUUGGCUACUAAGCAUCAAGUGUCUCUGCUUUUGUUUCCAUUUGUUAAGUGACUUCAGGAUUUGUGUGAGACAUUCUGCUUAUGUCUUCUGAACCUUUGUAUUUGUACAACCUGAUUCCAAAAAAAAUGUUUUUUGACAGAUGCAUUUUGGAUAUUUCUGGGUACUUUAAGUAUAGAUUCUUUAAGAGCUGUACUUGAGACGCCAACAUCCACUGAAUUCCAACAAACUGUAUGAUUAGACGGAGAAAGAGUGUACUGUGUUGUGGCUUCUGUAAAAGGUUGUUGGUCAAUCAUAUACAAUGUACAAGCCAUUGUUUUCUGCAUGAUAGUUUGUACAUGUUUGGUCCUGCAAUCUGUAUGGCAUAGAGUCAGGAUGUCCACAUUUAUCCCAUUCACUUCGUUCCCUAUAUUAACCAGUUGCAUAAACACUUUUUAACUUCAUGCAUUUUAACAUGCUCAUGAGAGGCUUGUGUUUCAUAGCUAGUACAGACCUCUAAAAGUGGUUUACAUUAUUUAGUUUACAACUAUACACAUGGAUCCACUAAACUGACUCAACAUCUGUCUCCAUUUACUUUUACCAAGGUUUCUAGGGUCUUUUAACCUUAAAAAGUAUCUGAUGCAUUAGGAUUUUCCCCACUUUCUCUUCAUUUGCAUUUUAGUUCCGUUUUAAAUUUCUGUUUCAAAAACUGACUUAUUGUAGUUUGCGAAUAAAAUUCCAAACAUUCUUGCUACAAAAACCUGCUGUCAGUGAGCAAAAAGAAGCUUACAUAAUGAGGUUUAUAUAUUUAUCUGUGUUCAGGUUGGGUAACUUAUGUGAAAGAGCAUCAGAGUCACAUGCCAAAUUUCAAAAAGUCUAAUUUAAGUUUACAAUGUUAUAUUUCACUUGCUUGUGAUAGUACGUUAGUCAAGUAGAAGUCAUUAUGCUCAAUAAGUAAGUUAUUAAGGUAACUUUUAGCUUUUUAUAAUUCUUGUCAUUAAUUCAAGUAAUAAAGAUUUUAAAAAGUCUUAGUUAAGAAAACUUGCAGAAACCCUGUUUAAAAUAAGUUAAAAACAUUUGAGAGACCUUUUAUAAAAGUAAUUUCAGAUUUAGUUUAGAUAGCAAAAAUUUAACUAUUCAUUUGCCCCCAUCUCUAAAAGUGUAUUAUACAUAAAUGAUUAAGAAAAUGAAGCCUCUUUUUGCUUUUGAAAUAUUUUAUCAUAGAAAGAGUUUCAUUCUUCUGCCAACUGUGGCUGCAGGUUAUUUAGGAUGUCUGGACCAAUCUAAUUUAAAUAAAUCUGAGGUUCCUUGAUAAGUGUUACUGUAGGUUGGUGGCUCUAGACAAAAUAGCUGCAUUUGUCAACUGAUAUGCAUAAAAUAUUUGAUAGCCAUCCACUCACUGAUGUCAUCAAUAGUGUCCAUCACAGAAGUAUCUGGAAAACGUAUACCCAAACAUACAUUUACAUAGUAAUACAUUCACCAUUAAAACAUUCAGCAAUGGACUUACUUUGCCAAAAUAUUCAUACACCUUGUCCUUUUUCAUAUUUUGUCACAUUACAAGCACAAGUUGUAAUGCCUUUUAUUAGACUUUUAACAGGUUUCAAAGUUGCCUUUAAUUUGCUCUGUUUAUCUUUUCAUUAACUACGCCUGGCUUCCCUUUUCCUAUCUGAACUAUCCUCACAUCAUGAUGCUGCCACCACCAUGUUUCAUUGAAGCAAGUGUUUGUAGUGUGACAAAGUUUAAUAUAUUUUUUCAAGGCACUGUAAACUGUAAACUCAAUAUUCAUUUUGUAUUUAAACCUGAUUUAAAUGACAUGAAGUUUUUAAAAAUUUUACUUAACCUACAGUACAGACCAAAAGUUUC